UGGGUGACAUCCUAUAAGGUCAUGGUGAGCAAUGACAGCCAUACCUGGGUCACUGUUAAGAAUGGAUCUGGAGACAUGAUAUUUGAAGGAAACAGUGAGAAGGAGAUCCCUGUUCUCAACGAGCUGCCGGUCCCCAUGGUGGCCCGCUACAUCCGCAUAAACCCGCAGUCCUGGUUCGACAACGGGAGCAUCUGCAUGAGGAUGGAGAUCCUUGGCUGCCCGUUGCCCGAUCCUAAUAAUUAUUAUCACCGACGGAACGAAAUGACCACCACCGAUGACCUGGAUUUUAAGCACCACAACUAUAAGGAAAUGCGCCAGCUGAUGAAGGUUGUGAAUGAAAUGUGCCCCAAUAUCACCAGAAUUUACAACAUUGGCAAAAGCCACCAGGGCCUGAAGCUUUACGCCGUGGAGAUCUCUGACCACCCUGGGGAGCAUGAAGUUGGGGAGCCCGAGUUCCACUACAUUGCAGGAGCCCAUGGCAACGAGGUGCUGGGCCGGGAGCUGCUGCUGCUGCUCACGCAGUUCCUGUGUCAAGAAUACCUGGCCCGGAACAUGCGCAUCGUCCACCUGGUGGAGGAGACCCGGAUCCACAUCCUGCCCUCCCUCAACCCCGACGGCUAUGAGAAGGCCUACGAAGGGGGAUCAGAGCUGGGAGGCUGGUCCUUAGGACGCUGGACCCACGACGGGAUUGACAUCAACAACAACUUUCCUGAUUUAAACACACUGCUCUGGGAGGCAGAGGACAGGCAGAACGUCCCAAGGAAAGUUCCAAAUCACUACAUCGCAAUCCCUGAGUGGUUUCUGUCUGAAAAUGCCACGGUGGCUGUGGAGACCAGGGCAGUCAUAGCCUGGAUGGAAAAGAUCCCCUUCGUGCUGGGUGGCAACCUGCAGGGUGGCGAGCUGGUGGUGGCCUACCCCUACGACAUGGUGCGGUCACUGUGGAAGACCCAGGAGCACACGCCCACACCCGACGACCACGUGUUCCGCUGGCUGGCCUACUCCUACGCCUCCACACACCGCCUCAUGACAGAUGCCAGGAGGAGAGUGUGCCACACGGAGGACUUCCAGAAGGAAGAGGGGACUGUCAACGGGGCCUCCUGGCAUACCGUUGCCGGAAGUCUGAACGAUUUCAGCUACCUUCACACAAACUGCUUUGAGCUCUCCAUCUACGUGGGCUGUGAUAAAUACCCGCAUGAGAGCGAGCUGCCCGAGGAAUGGGAGAAUAAUCGGGAAUCUUUGAUCGUGUUCAUGGAACAGGUUCAUCGUGGCAUCAAAGGCAUGGUGACAGAUUUACACGGAAAAGGAAUUCCAAACGCCAUCAUCUCCGUAGAAGGUGUUAACCAUGACAUCCGAACAGCCAGCGACGGCGAUUACUGGCGCCUCCUGAACCCUGGAGAAUAUGUGGUUACAGCGAAGGCAGACGGCUUCACCACGUCCACCAAGAACUGUAUGGUUGGCUAUGACAUGGGGGCCACACGGUGUGAUUUCACGCUCAGCAAAACCAACCUGGCCAGGAUCAGAGAGAUCAUGGAGAAGUUUGGGAAGCAGCCAGUCAGCCUGCCAGCCAGGCGGCUGCGGGGGCGGAAGAGACGACAGCGCGGGUGACCCUCCCAGACACUUGAGACAUGUCCUGGGCCCAUGCAAAUUAAACCAGCCCUGGUAGUAGCUCCAUAGCGGACUCGCUCACUGUUGUUUUCUCUGUAAUUCAAGAAGCGUCUGGGUGUGUGCACUGCAAGGCUGGUCCUGAAGGGGAGUGCUGGAGGUUUAGGGUGUUUUCUUUUCUUUGUUUCCAUUUAUCCAAGUAACUUGUGCAGAGCAGCAGAGAAAGGCUGAUGGAAGUGAGAGAAUUUAGGAAGUCAACCUGGGAGGGAACCUGAGAGAGGGAAGGGCUCGCCCGUUCAGGGGCUCCAGGCUGCACGGGAAGGGAAGCGGAUGCUCUCGUUUGUGUGACAGCAAGAGUUUCAUGUGCACUUGCGAUUUGCACAGCUAAAAUUGCAGCUUCGGAGCCCUGCUGCCCCAAAUAUUAGCAUUGGAGAUGAUCCUAGCAGAAUCUGCCCUCUCUGCCCCACCCCCGGACAUUCUGAGCUGCUACAAAUAAAUUCUGCAUUUGGUUGACAAUAGAGACAUACCAAGUGGGCAUCAGCAGCCUCUUCAAUCAGGUUAGUUUCCAUUGUCCACAGAGGACCGUGUUCAUGAGAGGGGAGAACAGCUGAGAUCAUUCAGCAGGUGUCAUUGGGGCUUGCCGGAUGGUACCUGGUCCUCAGAGACCCCCCUAAACUCUCUGCUGGUCCAGUAGCCCUAAGGGCUCCCCAGGUGGGGAGAGCUGAGGUGCCAGCCUUUCUGAGGGUUCAGGUACAUUAGCCUGUGUCUUUCCUUUGGCUUGUUGGGACUUAAGAAGAGCCGGUAAAAGGCCAGCCUGUAACGCUCUCUUCUCCAGGGACUACCCUACUCAUGGAAUGAGCAUUCCUAAGUUGGCCCAACAUCAGUAUGGGAGUUAUUUUUGAUGUGUGGAACACCAGAUCUUCCAAAUCAGGCUCAAUUUGAUGAAAAACUCUUAGGGUUAUCUGUGGAGCAUCGGUUUGGGAAGGGUUAUUGAAUUACCAUGCAAGAGAACAGCUGUGUCUCACAUUUUAUUAACGUUGCUGCCUCAUGGACCUGGGAAGAAUGAAAAAAAUAAAGAAAGCAAGUGGUAAGAUC